AUGGCUGCCCAGGACCGGGCCACAGACGCCAGUCCUGAGAGGAGCGGCGGCAAGGCGGACGACGGGGCCAGCAGAGGGUGGGAGGGAGGGGAUGCCUGGAGCGACCGCCUGGCAGCUGAGCUGUCUGGCGACGAGGACGAUCCGUUUGGUGGGCCAUGGGGUGUGCCAGCCACGCCCGUCGAGUCUGUGGACGAGUUUGCCCAGCGCAUCUGGCGGGAGAUGCAGGAGCGGCAGAGGGCGCGGGCUGCGGCCACCUCUGCCGAGUUUGUCAGUGCCAGGAUCCUGGAGGAUGAGCAAGCCCGGGACGCCGCCUGGCGCGAGGCUGUGGCCCAGGGAGACGCCGGCGCGCGCAGGGCGUCGUACGAGGCCCGCUGGCAGCGUUUCGUGGCCGCCCCCCCGGCCAGCAUUGGCCUGCGCGACGUACCCUGGAUCCUGAGUGGGCCCCAGGACCUGGAUGCUGCACAGCUGCGCCGCGUCGUCCUCUACGGUGCCACGGAUGCGGGGGCGCAGCGGCGGUGCAUCCGUGCGGAGCUGGUACGCUGGCACCCGGACAAGUUCCAGUCUCGGUUUGGGCAGCGCCUGGCGGCGGCCGAGGCGGUGGGGGUGCUGGCCGGGGUGGUCGCGCUUUCCCAAAGCCUCAACGCUCUGGCAGCCGGGGUGGCCACAUGA